AGUAUUCGAGGCUCAUCAUCCUCAUUGCCGGCCAGCGCGUAGUCUCUGACGGGCGCGGGCUAGGAUUACAGACUGAGUUGUGUUGUAUUCUCGAAUCCACCCCGAAUCUGCCAGUUGACGGCGAACCGCACGCCAGGGCGCAUGUGUCUUCUUCAUCCCGCGGUGUAGUGUUAGCACCUUAAGCUUCUGGAUAACACUUCUGGACAUUUGUGCGUUGUUGCAAACGGUUGCAAUCGAAGUCGUCGUCGCAGCUCGGGGGAAAAAAACGUGUGAAAAUGCGCGACGACGUGAAUUUGAACCUGACAAGCUUUGGCGGUGGUGGCGGCGGCGGCGUCACGUGGCAAGAUUAUGGCAACCACUCGGUGGUCAGUGUCUGGUGGAACUCCCUGCUGGAUGUCAUCGGUGACGACAACAGCUUCCUGUACGUCUGGGGACUGUACAUUUGGACACAUGCCUUCUUCUGGAUCGUGGGGGGACUGUUUGUGCUAAUGGACUACACCAACAAGCCCGGCUUUAUGCGCAAAUACAAAAACCAACCGGGCAAGAAUGAACCCCUCGAGUGGUCCAAGCUGAAGCACGUAGUCAAGACCGUCGUGUACAACCAGCUGGUGUACGGGCUACCGACGGCGUACUUUUCCUACAACGGCUGGAAGUGGCUUUUCGGCGAAUUUCCGAACCCUCGGGACCUUCCCUCGGUCGACGUCGUCCUGCGAGACAUGGUGAUCUGUAUCUUUGCGUGGGAGUUUGCGUUCUACUACAGCCAUCGGACGCUGCACGCGGGCUUCCUGUACAAGCACAUCCACAAGAAGCACCACGAGUGGACGGCCCCGAUCGCCGUGGCGGCCAUGUACGCCCAUCCGGUUGAGUUCGUGAUCAGCGAUCUGUGGCCGGUUUAUCUGGGACCAGCGAUGCUCAAGUGUCACGUGUUCACCACCGCACUCUGGUUUGCGUUCGUCAUGAUGGACACCCUGGUGGACCACUCCGGGUAUCAUCUUCCGGUGUUGGGAAGCUCCGAGAUGCACGACUAUCACCAUCAAAUGUUCAACCAGUGUUUUGGACUAUUUGGAUGGCUCGAUAAUUUGCACGGCACGAACAGCGAGUUCCGCAAGAAGAAGAACUUCCUUCGACAUAAACGGAUAUUCUCACUUCAAUCGGCCCGGGAGCUUGUUCCAGACAAAUGAGAAAUAAAAGCAUUGUCAUUUAAAAACUUCA